AUGGAGCCGCCGUUGCCGGAGAACUGCUGCAGUGUUAAAGUUUCUGUGCACAUACGCCCGCUUGUCGACGACGAACGCGCUCAGGGUUGCAAAGAAUGCGUGGCCGUCACGCCCCGUAAACCCCAGGUGCAAAUUGGCGCGCACUCGUUCACGUUUGACCACGUGUACGGCAACGCGGGGGGGUCGCCGCCGGGGAUCAUGUUUGAGGAAUGCGUGGCGCCUCUGGUUGAGGGGUUGUUCCAGGGGUAUAAUGGAACAGUGCUUGCAUAUGGUCAGACUGGAUCGGGGAAAACGUAUACGAUGGGGACGGGCUUCAAGGAGGGUUGCCAGAGUGGGGUGAUACCUCAGGUCAUGGAUGCUUUGUUUACUAAGAUUGAGAUGUUGAAGCAUCAAAGCGAGUUUCAGUUGCAUGUCUCCUUCAUUGAGAUUUUGAAGGAAGAGGUGAGAGACCUGCUGGAUUCGGAAUCUUUGUGCAAAUCAAUAGCUACCAAUGGAAAAGUCUCGGUUCCUGGAAGGCCUCCAAUUCAAAUUCGGGAAUCAUCUAAUGGAGUUAUAACACUGGCCGGGACGACUGAAGUGGCUGUCAGUACAUUGCAAGAAAUGGCUACUUGUCUGGAGCAAGGAUCAUUAAGUAGGGCGACAGGAAGUACAAACAUGAAUAACCAGUCUAGUCGGUCGCAUGCCAUAUUCACCAUCACAUUAGAACAGAUGCGCAAAGUCCAUUCAGUUUCUCCUCUUGAUGACAAUCCAGAUGAGGAUAUGGGUGAAGAAUAUUUCUGUGCAAAGCUUCACCUGGUAGAUCUGGCUGGUUCUGAACGAGCAAAGCGUACCGGUUCUGAUGGUCUUCGUUUGAAAGAGGGUAUUCACAUUAACAAGGGGCUUCUUGCACUUGGUAACGUUAUCAGUGCGCUUGGAGAUGAGAAAAAGCGAAAAGAAGGUGUGCAUGUUCCCUACCGAGACAGUAAACUGACCAGACUCUUACAGGAUUCACUUGGUGGAAACAGCAAGACAGUUAUGAUAGCUUGCAUCAGUCCUGCAGAUAUCAAUGCCGAGGAAACUCUCAACACUCUUAAAUAUGCAAAUCGUGCUCGUAACAUUCAAAAUAAACCUGUUGUUAAUAGAGACCUCAUAUCAAGCGAGAUGCAACAGUUACGCCAGCAACUAAAGUACUUGCAAGCUGAACUUUGUGCACGUGAGAGUGGAUCUCUGUCUGAUGAGGUGCAGCUUCUAAAGGAAAAGAUCACUUGGCUUGAGGCUACCAACAAGGAUCUUUCUGAGGAACUACAUGAAUACCGCAGCAGACGUGCUAUUGUACAGCAUUACGAAUUCGAUACCCCAGAUGGCUCUUCCUUCGCAAAUAGUGAUGGGCUUAAGAGGAACUUUCAGAGCAUGGAUUCGUAUGAUUAUUCAAUGGAUGAAACUAUAACAGGUGGAAGUUCUGGGGAGAUUGAUGAAGCAGCGAAAGAGUGGGAGCAUGCCCUUAAGCAGAGUACCAUGGAUAAAGAACUGAAUGAGCUAAACAAACGUUUGGAGCAAAAAGAGUCUGAGAUGAAAUUAUUUGGAGGGGUCGGGACUGAGGCUUUGAAGCAUCACUUUAGAAAGAAAAUCAUGGAACUUGAGGAAGAGAAAAGAAUUGUACAGGCAGAGCGGGACCACUUGUUGGCUGAAAUUGAGAAUCUUGCGGCUAAUUCUGAUGAGAAAACUCAGAAAGCACAAGAUGGUCAUACUCAGAAUUUGAAAUCUCUUGAGGCACAGAUUCUACAGCUUAAGAAGAAACAAGAAAGCCAGGUUGAGCUCUUAAAGCAAAAACAAAGAAGUGACGAAGCAGCAAAGAGGUUGCAAGCUGAAAUCCAGUAUAUCAAGGGUCAGAAGGUUAAGUUGCAGCAUAAGAUAAAACAAGAAGCUGAACAAUUUCGAUUGUGGAAGGCUUCUCGGGAGAAGGAAUUGCUGCAGCUGAGGAAGGAAGGAAGGAGAAAUGAGUAUGAGCGACAUAAACUUGAAGAAUUGCAUCAACGCCAGAAAAUGGUGGUUCAAAGAAAGACAGAAGAGGCAGCAAUGGCUACCAAAAGACUGAAGGAGUUGUUGGAAGCUCGCAAGUUUUCAGCCCGUGAGAAUGUUAAUCCAAAUGGACAUGUGCCUUCUGGACUGGGCAAUGAGAAAUCCUUACAAAAGUGGCUGCAUCAUGAGCUAGAAGUCAUGGUGAAAGUGCAUGAGGUUCGCAUUCAACAUGAAAAGCAAAGACAACAUCAAGCUGCACUAGCAGAAGAAUUAACUUUUUUGAAACAAGUGGAUUCAAUGUCUCCAAAUGGGCAUACUACACAGAAAGGAAUGAAAGGACAUUCUAGAUUCUUGAUGUCACCAAACGCAAGAAUGGCACGAAUAGCUUCUCUGGAGAACAUGUUAAGCAUGUCUUCAAAUGGGCUUAUGGCAAUGGCUUCGCAACUUUCAGAGGCAGGAGAGAGGGAGCGAACUUCGAUUGGACGUGGACAUUGGAAUCAGAUACGCUCAAUGGGAGAAGCAAAAUCCCUGCUUCAAUAUAUGUUCAAUGCUGCUGCAGAAGCAAGGUGCCAAUUGUGGGAAAAAGAUAUGGAAAUCAAGGACAUGAAAGAUCAGCUUAACGAUCUUGUUACUCUGUUACGUCAGAGUGAGGCCCAGAAGAAAGAACUUGUGGAGCAAAAGAUAAGGGAACAAGCUGUUGCCAUUGCCUUAGCUACACCACCUUCGGGAAGGACACGCAGUUCAAAUAAGCACCGUGUAGAUGACACAACUGGUCCUCUAUCCCCAAGAUCUCUUCCAGCUCCAAAGCAACUAAAAUUCUCACCUGGGAUUGCUAAUGGAUCUGUUAAAGAAGCAGCAGCAUUUUUGAACCAGACACGAAAGAUGGUGCCAGUUGGACAGCUGUCAAUGAGGAAAGUGGCAGCUGUUGGGCAAUCUGGAAAGUUGUGGAGAUGGAAGAGGAGUCAUCAUCAGUGGUUGCUUCAGUUCAAAUGGAAAUGGCAGAAACCCUGGAAGCUCUCAGAAUGGAUAAAACACAGUGAUGAGACAAUCAUGAGGUCAAGGACUCGGACUCUUGUCGAUAUGGUAUGA